CUAAGAUCUAGCCACAGCACAAAUCCACAAUCCAUCGUCGGUGGUAUCUAAUCGAGUGGGAAAAGCGUAAGUCUGAUUUCCUCAUUCUAAAUUGAAAACAAAGUUUACGUGUUUUUCGCCUGUAAAACAACUUCUCUUGUCCAUAGUUGUGAUCUGAAAUUUGCUAUGCAAGUCAACAAAGCUACUCAACUUUUAAGUGAUUAAAAAUUACGGUGCUAGUGCUCCGCUAUAAUAUACUUGAUAAGUUUAGUGGUUGAUAUAUUUGCACUUCCUUUUUGUCUGUUAGUCACUUAGAAAACUGAAAUGAACGAAAGUAGACUUAGCCGGAAUUAACUUCUCGCAGAAUAGAAAAACUUUGAUGCAGUUUUCCCAUAUUUUUCAGUUUUUCUUCCGGUUCCUAGGCAACUGCGAAGAAAACAAUAAAAUUUGGGGACGAAGCUAGUGUUGAUAUUGAAUUAGCCAGUUUUACCCGGUAAUAAUUUUUUUCGAAUAGCGUUAUUGUUAGUGAAACUCGCGUGUCGAAACUUUGUUUACUACCCAUAAAAGUCCACAAAUCAGUUUAAAGAUGAACUUAUUUUAUUUCUACAAAAUCAGAAUGCCAUUCAUUAAACACAAGAAAUUGGCAGGUUUAUAUAGAAAAUACUGACCUAUAGUCGAAGGAAAAUGAGUCUAUAUGUACGUAUCAGGCGGUCCUUCAGUUCUUCUCUUUUUUGCCGACUUUCGCGCUCUCCCACCCCCCAAAAAAAACCCUGAUUGCAGGUUAGUUAUCUUGCUUAUGAAUCAUCUAACUUUUCUCCGAUAUUAUAUGUGCACUUCAAUUUAAGUGGGAAGGACCAUUUUCGUCCUGAGAUAUGCCAAGUUAAAACUUCUGGGAAAGUUUAUGAAAUUAAGUCCAGUCAAGUAUAGAACUUGACUGAAAACUACCGUUGUCUUGUUUUUUAAAAUAGCCUAUCAAGAUUGCAAUGGAAAACCGUAGCAAACCACGUUUUGACUACGUACAAAAGAACCAAGAAGAAAAGGUAUCAAUAUAUAAAAAUGCUGUGUAAUAGGCUCUUUAGCUAAUGGAAUAAGCCAGCUGUUAGGUUCUAUUUUUAUCGUGCGUUAAGGAGGGUGUCUAUUAGCUAUAUAGAAUGAUAUAGUUGGAGAUAAUUGAAGAGGUAAAAAACUUCCGUCAUUGACCGCAGUGAUGUCGAUAAAUAUGAGCUAAAUAACUUUCUAACUUGCUCAGAAUGUAGCAAGGUCUGCGGAAAAAAACUUUUUGGUGAAAACAAAAAAAUAAAAUAAAAUAAAACAGACAUCGGGAGAUUAACAAUCGGACGUGUUCAACACCAGCUUUUCGUCAGCAAAAAUUUAUUUUAAAGGGCGAGCCGUUCGAAAUUGCAGCUGCUUUGAAAUAUCUUUUGAGAUGCCAACUGUAUUUCUUUUAUCAAUGUUAGUUGACAAAACUAAUGUCAUGUAAAUUUAGUGCAAGGAUUAAUCUAACUCAAAUAGCACCUUCAAAGAAAAUUCGUUAUCUCAAAUGCCAGAUGUUUUUUUAGAAAUUCUUAUGUGCAAAUCGAACUGCAUGGUUUCGAAUUAAGAGGUAAGGUGUAAAAUUCACUUGAAUGGCAACCUUUUUAUUCUUGUUUGUAGAUAUUACCUCGCCUCUUUUCUCCAAAGAAAGCUCGCCGAGCACACGACUGGUUGCGAUCUGGAAAGCACAAUUAUGAUGGUAUGUGCAUUAAACUGAACCCUUCGGUUUUACCACAUAAAUAUAGGCUCUUCCUUUUUAAACAAGAGCUUUCAUCUCAAAGCAUUUUAUGCUAGGGAAUCUUUCUUCCUAGUCUUUCGCAAUUUUAAUUGUUAACUUGGCGACACAAGUUAAAGUAAAAAUAAAAAUCAAUUCCAUAUCCUUGAAUGCUGCAACGAAAGCGUUGCGAGAUAUGUUCAUAUUUGGGGUGCAGAGGAGGGGGGGAGGGGGUGUAACAAGAAGGCUUCCAACAACAUGUCUAGCGCAACAAAAUUGCAAGACAAGAGUGAGGAGAACUUUGACCUCUUGUUACCAUGGUAGCAAAAUUUCUGGAUCUCAAGAGGAGGCGUGAAACAUGUCAGCUGCAAAAUCUUGUUUUCAUGAUAUAUCUUCUGAGAAAGUAAGCAAGUUCGGAAAAUGAGGGUGAGCGAACUUUGUCGUUGAUUGUUUUAUUGCAGAAAAAUUAGCUGUUCUUAAACAGUUUUGGAUUAAAGAUGAGGAACGGCAAGCCACUGACAAGGUAAGGAGUGUGUCUUAUCACUGCAAUAAUAAAUACGAUUUUUUGUUGCAUUGUUUGCGUGUGGUAUCAGUUUAAACUGCAAAUAGUUUAUGUGGCGGAGAACAGGCGCAGAUUCAGAGAAAUCAGAAAAAGAGUGCCGGAAGAAUUUAGUGUUGCUACUGAUAUAGAUAAUAUUUCCUAUAUUUCGGUUUGGAAGACGGGGGCUCCAGAAGGUUUGCCUUCCAUUUAACGGAAAUAUCGGGGAAAUUUGUUGAAAUAUAUACUUUGUAUAAUUAUUUUAUUUACUUGCUCAUCGCCUUGCCGUCAGGAUCAGUUUGCCAUUUUAUAUUACAAAUUUUCUCUCGCAUUUGUCAUCGUUUCAGGUUCUGAAGGAAAGUUUUCAUCCCCAAGUUGCACCACGUGUUCGGGAGUGGCUCAACGAGGCUGACGGAGAAGGUAUGGGCCCGAACAAUUAACAAAAGUUGUCACCAUGGAAACGGAGUUUGAAUUGACAUAUGUUCCAGGCGUUUAGAUGGUGGAGUGCGGCGCAAAGUCAGAGAGCGGGAACAAUAAGGAGGAAGAAAGGGAGGGGGAAGGAGCGAGGGAGAGAGAGGCACUCUUGCCCCCUACCCCACUCCCUCGCUAUUUUUCCUGCUCGCACCUCUUUGCGCCGUCCCAACAGUCUGAACACCUAAAACAGGCUACGUGCUUCCUUGAAAACGGCCCUUUAACUUCGGGUAAAACAAUAUUGUUUGUGUUUCUAUUUCCUCAGACAAGAAAGCUAUCAUGAAGUUAUUUCGAUCCAUCGCCAACCAACCCAGUUCAGAGAAAGCAACUACGGUCUUUAUAAAACCGGGAAAGAAUGGUCUACUGUCCAAAAACAUUUCUUCCAAAACCAUGCAGUUAACUGAUUCUGGAACAAUGGAAACGCGUGAUAAAGAGCGAGGGAAAGUGAGGUGGCAAGAGGAGCACAACAAGGCGCAUAAAAAUGGGAGAAUCAUUGGUAGAGCGGAAAUGCGAACCGAGUUCGAUAUCGCGCCUGAUUGGCGAGCCCCUAAACGCAGUGUGGUUCCUAUGACCCAGAUCACUCGUCAAUUGGAAGUGCAGGAGCGGUUACCAAGGCUUUCUAAGCACACUUGUUUACCGCAUAAUAGACGGGAGUUUGUGAUUCACCCAGAGUGGAUUAUACAUUAA